GACGAAUAAACACAUUCGUAAAAAAUUUUCUGUCGAAUAUGUAUGGCAACAUAAUCGGCGCCAAUAUGGUUGGCAACGACAUCAUUUCCUCUGUAUAUUCGGCAACUUUGACUGUCGAAUAUACUGCUUCAUAUGACCCCCGCCUCUCCUUUCUUCCCCAUUUCUGCUUUUCCCUUUGCGGCGGUAGAUCUGGUUUCUUCUCCGGCAAAGCUUGAUGUCGCUGUUCUUCCGUAGCGCCCCUGUUCUCCGCUCCGCGCCAAUGCCAGAAUUGUUGAGGAUACUCCUGAAUCAUUAUGGGAUUGUCCAUCUCGGAGUCCUUUAAGGAAGAAGUUGACAACAUCAAGGAAUCAUAUUGCAAUCCCCCAAGACAUUCCAUUGCCUAAAAAUGAAGACAACGUUGUUUGCCAAAUAUGUGAUAUUUCUGGACAUGUUGCUACUAUAUGCCCGCAACGAUAUAAAAUAACUUGUCAACU